AAAUCCAAAAAGGAUUGCGUCCCUCCCAGCCCACCUUUGCCCUCUCGGGGGGCCGGGGCGGGGAUAGCCGCGCUCAUGGCCUUCAGCCCGUGGCAGAUCCUGUCCCCGGUCCAAUGGGCCAAGUGGACCUGGUCCGCCGUGCACGGCGGAGGUGCUGCUGAUGGCGAGGACCGGGGACCAGAGGGAGAGGCCGAGGAAGACGAUUCCCAAGCCGAGAACAAGUCUUUGAGUUUCAGCUCGGAUUCUGAAGGUAAUUUUGAGACUCCUGAAGCGGAAACACCUAUUCGAUCACCUAUAAAGGAAUUCUGUGAUCCAUCCCUGGGAUCAGAAGGACCUGGGGCCAAAACUCAAGGAUUGCAGGACUUUGAUGAACAGCUGGUAGCAGAAGUGUCUGAAAAGCAUCUGCAAGAGGCAUGUCCUGGGUCAUCUGAGAAUGAGGCGCCAUUGUACCUCCUGGCCCCUCCGGCGGACAAGAAAGACCCUGAAGUUGGUCAGCUUCCCUCAGUGAUGCCAUUGCUCCUGGAGGCCAAGAAGCCUGAGGAGGUCCCUGCAGUGAUUGCUGAUCAGGAUUUGUCCUCCAAUGAAUCAUCAGCCCCACAAGAAGACUCAGUGACAAAAGAUAACAUGGGACUGACACUUGAGGCUUCCAGUGAUGCUGAGUUGAAGGCCAAAACCUUGCCACCAGAAUCUAUGUCCAGCAGAAGCAAGCUUAGAAAACCUAAGCCAGUGUCUCUAAAGAUGAGAGCAACAGGAGGAGAAUUCUCAGAAACCGAUACCAUUGUGGAGGACCACCCUAUCCCCAAAGCAUCCUAUCAGUUCAAUCCAGAUGAGCUUGAUGAAAAUACAAACCCUUUCAUGAUAGGAGGUUCCAAGAUCCCCAAUUCUCCUCCUGCAGUGAAGCAAACCUUAAGUUCUUCCAGUGGAGAUGCCAGUGAUUCAGGGGUAGAGCUGCUGGAGGAAUCCAGGGGCUCACCUUUGAAAUUGGAAUUUGAUUUCACAGAUGGCAUGGAAAGCACAGGUGUCAAGAAACCCCCUCUUAGGAAACCUGCACAUGGAGGCAGGAAGAUGGUUAGCAAGCUGGCUGUCAGGGCACAGAAAGAUGGAAUCAGCAAGCCAGUUAUUGCCAAAGGCUUGGAAAAGCCUUCACACCCAGCAGAUGAAGAAAUUCCCCUCCAAAAAGCCACCUCUAAACUAGAGCCCAAUCAGGGAGACAGCUCCAAUUUUAACUCCUUUGGGGGCAGCACCACUCUGCAAAACUCCCCACCCCUCUCCAAGGGGUCCUAUCACUUUGAUCCAGAUAACUUUGAUGACUCCAUGGAUCCCUUUAAGCCUACAAAGACCCUGAGCAGUUGUGGACCAGAAGAUGGUAAUGAAGCUAUUGAAAUCUUAGAAUCUCAUCUGUAUGAAGUACAGGGUGAGGAGGUGAAGAAAGGGACAGCUUCCCCCAAGAAGGCAAAGUCGCGUUUAAUAACGAGUGGCUGUAAAGGAAAGAAGUAUGAAACUCAGUCCCUUGCUUUGGAUGUGUGUUCUCAGGAUAAAGGAGCAAUUAUCUCCCAGAUCCCAGACAUUUCAAAUAGAGAUGGCCACGCCACUGAUGAAGAGAAAUUGGCUUCUACAUCAUCCAGCCAGAAACCGUCUGAGACCGAGGUGAAAGGUGAGCCAGAAGAAGACCUGGAGUACUUUGAAUGUUCCAAUGUUCCUGUGUCUGCCAUAAAUCAUGCGUUUUCAUCCUCAGAAGCAGGCUUAGAAAAGGAUACCUGCCAGAAGAUGGAGAAGGAUGGAUCCAGUGCACCGGGUGUGUUUGACCUUUGCUCAACAGAGAAAGCCCCUGUGUCUGUGGCAUGUGGGGACGAAAGUCCCCUGGAUAGCAUCUGUCUCAGUGAAUCCGAUAAGACCGCCGUCCUGACUUUAAUAAGAGAAGAGAUAAUCACUAAAGAAAUUGAAGCAAAUGAAUGGAAGAAAAAAUAUGAAGAGACCCGACAAGAAGUCUUGGAAAUGAGGAAAAUUGUGGCUGAAUAUGAAAAAACAAUUGCCCAAAUGAUUGAGGAUGAGCAGAGGACAAAUAUGACCUCUCAAAAGAGUCUCCAGCAGCUGACUAUGGAGAAGGAGCAGGCCCUGGCAGACCUGAACUCUGUGGAGAGAUCCCUGUCUGAUCUAUUCCGGAGAUAUGAGAACCUCAAGGGUGUCCUUGAAGGGUUUAAGAAGAAUGAAGAGGCUUUGAAAAAAUGUGCUCAAGACUACUUAACUCGAGUCAGACAAGAGGAGCAGCGCUACCAGGCCUUGAAACUCCAUGCGGAAGAAAAACUAGACAAAGCCAACGAAGAGAUCGCUCAGGUUCGGACAAAAGCCAAAGCUGAGAGUGCAGCUCUCCACGCUGGCCUCAGAAAAGAGCAAAUGAAAGUGGAGUCUCUAGAAAGAGCCCUUCAACAGAAGAACCAAGAAAUUGAAGAACUGACAAAGAUAUGUGAUGAGCUGAUCGCAAAGCUGGGAAAGACUGGCUGUUAGUCCAGCAUGUCCUCCCUCAGCUGCUUUUUUGUGACUCCCAAGUAUUUUUGCCUUAUCCAAGAUUAAUCUCCCCAUAGCAGAGAAGGGCACAUGCUUACUGCUCCCCGUUCAGCUUUGCUGCAGACUCAACAGCCCUCUCAAAAGACAAAAAAGACAGGAGGACAACCCCUGGAGUCCUUUUUCAGUUGUUGGUAGUCAGGUUCAGCAAACCAGGAGGCUGGCUGGUAGGUUUGGCUUUCCAGUUUGUAGGUGAUUGUGGUCUGUAUUAUUUCCCAAAUUCACGACCUCUGCAUCCUCCAAUUGGAAUUACCUUCUAAUUAGUUCUUUUUUUUUUUUUUUUUUAAAGAUGACAUAGCUUUGUUCUUUUGACAUUGUUUUUUAUUUGAAGGGAAAAUCUAAUCUGUUGUUCAGGUCAGGAGAGGAGAGGUUGGGGUCAUUGCUUACUGAGGGAACACCUGAUUAUUCUGAAGGAUUUAGAGCUGCUCCCACUUCAGGGACACCAUAGAACAAAGUUUUGGGUCUAGGAGAUGUCCUGGGAGGGUCUUGUAGCAGGGACAGGCUUCUGAACAGUUAGGGCUGCUUCUGUUUUCUUUGAAGCUGGUUCCUUUCUUUUCUCAAAAUUCACACUGAAGCAGGAAGGAGAUGCUCUGUUAAGAACAGAAUCCCUUCUUUGGUAGUUUCUGUUACCAUUCUACUUUAUUGCUAUCUUCUAUCAGUGAUUUGCCAAGAGUGAGGACAAGCAUUUACUCUUUCUAAAGUAACUGUAUUAGUUUGAGUUGGUACCAGUUUUUCUUAAUAGAUACAUGUGGUGCAGGUUUGGGUGACCCUUUUCUGGAAAUAAAAAUAUGAAAUUAAUUUUUUUAAUUUAAAGAAAUUACAUUUUCAUUUGAAUUGUGCAAAUCAAAUUCCCUUAGAAAAAAUUUAGAUAAUCCAAGUAGAAAAUAAUUACAGCCUCUCCCUUACCACCACUACCUUGUGGGAAAGCAUAGGAGAAAUUAGGGGAAAAAAUGCAUUCUAAUUUCUUAAUAUUUCAGAAUAGAUAUAUAACAUUCUCCUGUAAAACCCUGUACCAAAUUUUAACACUGGAAAGACCAGAAUUGAAGAAUAGCUUGAAGGAUCAAGCAUGUUUUGCUUUAUUUGACAUGCCUGGUUCCAAAAGACUUCCAAUACUAGAUUUUUAGCAAAACUAGAGAAGUUAAAAAGAAAUUAUACAUAAAGUGCUCUGAGACUCAGCACCCUUUAUAUUACUGUUUGAAGGAAAAAAACUACUUCUAUGCUACUUUUAAAAUUGUAGGGGGAAAAUCUGUUUUGACAAUUAUUAUUAUUUUUGCCUUUUAUAUAAAUAGGAGGGUCAACAUCCAUUCAUCCCAUUGGCUUCUGGAUAGGAGUGUUUAAUCCAAUGCCAGUGAAUUCCCCUCCUUAUAGCUAAGCCAAAUCCAUGUAGCCCUUUGGAAUUACUUGUUUUUGCUUGAACCUAUUACCUUCAAGGACUUCAUAGUGAUAAUGUGCAGUAUUUUGAGUAUAUGGUGAUUGUCAUACUGUAAUAUUAAUGCUGUUGCAUGAUCCAACUUUUGCAGUGAGCAGUGGAGGCCUUCCAUAAAUCCAAAAUUUACAUAUCUUUUUAUCACACACCUUUCACAUGAGUUCCAUACUCUUCAGUCAUAACUCAGUAUUUCUUUGAAAACUGAGAAUCCUAUUAAGCUCCCAGAAUUGGUUGCUUUUGAAAGCCUUUAGGAUAACACUUUGUGCAGCAAUAAGGGAAAAAAAUUAAAGAACAAAAACAACAACAAAAGAAAAAAAUAAUUUGGGAUUAAUUUAGGACAAUCAUUUAGUCUUUUGAAAACAAUUAUUGAAGUUUAAAGGGAUUUUUGUUGCACAUUACAAGCAGUGGAAUAACACAUUGGUUUCUUCUUUGAACUAUGAUUCUAAAACCCUCUGUGAAAAUAAUCUAGGCAUUUAGGAAAAGGGAAAGUUUACAGAACCUUUCUGCUGCUAGCCAACAUAGAUAGAAAGUGUAGAUAGAAAGUGUCCAUGUCUGUUUGUUUGCUCUCAGUCUGUCCUACACAUGAAGCACACGUAGCAGUUUCAACUGGAUCGUGUAUUCACGGUCUCUUAGUAGCCAAAGAGCACUAGUGCUAUGUGUUAUAUUGAUGAUGACAAUCCCCUUUUGGAAUACAAAUUAGCAGGCAGCUCUGGUUGCCAUUGUAUAUAGAUUCUAGCAAAUGGAGGUGCAGUGCAGAAAAUGUGAAAGGGCCCCAUUUUCUUAAAGACUUCAUAUUUCAACUGUUGACUAAUACUUACUCACCAAUGUCCCAAUAGCACUGAAAGUUAACACUUGGUAGGACAAUCCUUUAAGUACCCUAGGCAUCUGCCCAAACAUGAAAUGAUAGCCUGGGCAAAGUGAAGUACAUUGAGUUUGGGAGCAUAAAGCAACUCUUGUACUCCCUAGGGUAAUAACAGCCUGUCUCUCACCUUAAGCAUAGUUGAGAGCUCAAGAAACUAUAUUCUUGUAAGUAUUUAAAUGUCCAGUUGGGAAAAAAAAGUGCUGGGGCCCCUCUAUUCUGUCACCCCGAGACACUUUUGCAGUAGACUUUGAGAAUGUUUUGUAGAAUGCUUGGGAAGUAGAAGCAAGACUUUGUCCUUUGGUUCUUAAGAAAUAUAUAGUUGACUUUGCCAAAGUGUAGCUAUUUUUGUCUAAAAUUAUUUUCGUUGGAAUAUCUGAUGCCUCAUGGUAGAAAUUAGCCUUUUUCCGCCCAUGGGGUCAAGAUUGGACAGUAGCUGUCAGUGAUGGUGAACUUUCCAGAGUUUUGCUUUAUUUGGAGAAAUGCCUUGAAAUCUGGCUGCAUAACUGACCUAUACUCAAACCCCUUGUUCUGCACUAUUGGCCUGGAAAUAUUGAGAGAUGCAUUGCUAGCUCUCUUCAACCCUGGCCCAAAUUAGGAAGUUCAGAAACACAUGACAGUGAAAAAUGAGGGUUUUGGAAGCAUCCCAAAGUGCUGCAGAAUUCAGUUUUAUUUUUGGGUGAAGUCUUGGAUUGAGUUUUUCCUCAAUUCAACCUAGUCUCCUUCCCAUCUAGUCCAUCCUACCUUUGUCAUUCAUCUCCCACAUUGACAUUUAGAAACUAUAUAUUCCCAAUACUAAUGAUUUGAGUUCAUACACAGACUCAGAAUGAUGCACAAAGGUAUACUAGGCUGAAUGAUUUCCUUAAAGAUAGUAUUAAGCUUUCCCAUUUGCUUUGAAAAUACAGGCUGAUGCAAAAGUCUUAGUGCAGUUUUAAAUUUUAAUAGCUACGAAAUCAUGUUUAGAUAUUUUUAUAGCUAUUAAAUUAAAGCUUUGAUUUACUUUGAUUAAAGUAAAGCUUAGAAUGACACUAAGAUUUUUGAGACACACAGUAUAAGUAAAUCCCAUAGCAGAAUCUAAGCCCAAAUCUUCAGUUUUGAUGAAUAGGUCUCUUAAAUAGAAUCGUUGGCCUUUAGAAUCAUUGUGACCCCGGGGAGUAGGAAGAACCCCAGCAUAUUUCCAUUUCCUCUCUUUUCACUGUAGUUCACAAGACAAAGUCCUUAAAAUAGCUGCAGAUUACAGUGACCUCUGGUUUCUUGAGAUAGCUCUUGUCCUAAGCUCUUGUCUUACCCAGGAUUGUGCCAUAUAUUUAAGUUUCUCACCUUUUCUAUUUUUCUUUAUUUUUUUUUUUUUAUUUUAAAAGAAUGAAAUUUUAAGCUUUUUUUUGAAGAAUUACUCUUACCUUCACAGUAUUAAGAAAAUUUUCAUUGACUGUCUCAAACUGACAAUGUAACAAUUUUAUGUUUUGUGGAUCAAACAUCCACCUCAGGUAAUUACAGGAAGGAGUGUAGAAGGCCUGUUCUGUGGGUCCAGUAACAGGGUUAGAAAGAUGCACACACAAUAGGCUCUAAAGCUUAAUUGUUCCCUUAAAGGCAAUAACAUACUUUGCCAUUCCCUUUGUAUACAAGUAAAUAGUCACAGAAUUACAGGCUUCCACAUCUAGCAGAACCUCACAUCCUCUGCAGAAGUAGAGCAAUAAUCACCCAUCUAGAAGAAUUUGCACUAACAGACACAACUUCAGUCACAUGACCGUUCUGAUCAGUCUAGGUAUAGGCAGGUUUGCUAGUCCCUGGGCACAAUGCUGGUUUUUAUUUUUGUUUUUUAGUUUUAGGUUAACCCCCUUCCUGAGUCUGUUGUUGAAUUCCAUCCCUUCUGCAGGGUCUGCUUUGAGAAAUGAUAUUCUAGAAUUGGUAAAGCUCUUUUUAGGGACAUUGUCCUUGAGCAAUGAGUGAACUCUCUCCCUAACAAUCACAAUGUCUUACGUGUUCAUAGCUUGUCAUCCAGAGGCAAUUCCUUUUUUGCUUUGCCUUGUCAGCCUGCAGUCAGACUUGGACAAGCAAGACUCCUAUGGAAUGAUUUAUUAGCUAUAAUAUGAUUUAGUGACUAUAAGUUGACAGGCUUAUGUGGGCAUCUCAUCUCACGGAUGCUAAGUGCACCAUUUUAGACCUGUGGCAUCCUAAAAUCUAAAUGUAAAUGGAGACCAGCAUGCAGCUAAGUCAUUCUUCUAUUUUGAAUUAGUGUUUAUUUUUUAGAGCUAUUAAAGAUUGCAUUGCCCUUUGCCUGAAGUGGUAUCUAAAAAUCUGUUUAAAGUUCUCUGCCCAUCAAAUUGUUAAAUCACUUUGACAAACAUGAAGUGUGUGUUAGUGCUGGGGAAGAUCCAAAAUUUAGAUAGUUCCUGCUCUCAUGGAGUUCCCAGGCUAAUAACUGUAAUCUUCUGUAUUUAUUUGAGAGCUCAAAUGAUCUUGUAGACUUAAGAAUUGGAACUCUAAACCAACCCCCCAGGUCUUAACUAAAUUUAACCUGGAGUCUUUUCUUCCUUGUGGUAGAAUACAAAUGCCCCUUUUAAUUCUCAAAGGUGCCAGUAUGUUCCUCAGUGUUGCUGUCAGCACGAGUACAUUGCCAAUAGAUUUCCAUAUAUAGUAAUAUGUGCCAAUAAGUGACCAUCCUAAUUGCACACCUGCUUCCGCUGUGCCCCUGUGACUGCCAUACAGUGAGUGAUUGAUUACCCUCCCAUAGGGAGGAGUGAAAGCUGCUUGACUCCUACCAAGAUUGCAUUGUAUAUGUAAUGAUCAUCUACAUAAAUUUUAUAUGUACAAUAAUUUCCCUUUUUAUAUGUCAGGUAAAUAUUUGUAAGAGUUAUACUUACACAAAUGAAAUUAUUAUAAUAAGUACUAAUAUAUUUUUUUCAUGUUUCAUUGCCUGAAUAAAAACUGUUUAUCACUGUUGAAA